AUGCCUUCCACAAAUAAUGGACAAUACGAACGGUAUACACAGUCUACAGAGUUUAGAGGAGAGAUGGGCGUCCGUGAGGUAGAGAUCUUGGGGCGGAAGCUCACCAUACACGAGCGAGACGACACCAACGACCCGUCCACAGGGCGAGCCCUGACGGGCUCCUGGCUCUGGGAGUCGGCUCUCUACCUCGCCGAGUGGAUGGCCAGCGAGGGCCGUGCCUACCUCGACCUGGCAGGGAGGACCGUCCUGGAGCUCGGCGCCGGCACCGGCCUACCGGGGCUCGCGACGGCGGUACUGGGCGCGGCACGGGUGGUUCUGACUGACGUGGCGCCGCUACUCCCGGGCCUGUGGGCCAACGUGGAGGCCAACGGGCUGGAGGGCCAAGUGGAGGUCCGCAAGCUGAGGUGGGGGGAGGAGGACGAGGGAGGAGGUGGACGUGGUGGUGAUGUCGGAUGUGUUCUUUGA